AUGCACCGAUGUUUCCACGCUGCUGCGGCUAGUACGCGCUCCACCAGCGCCCGCUACCCUACCCCUCCUUUGAGCAGCCUCCACAGCGAUCCACGGCCUGGCACGACUUGGAACUGCCCCCCUUCCCCUCCAAACAGACCGCUCCAGCAUGACCUCGACAAGGCACAACAGGCGCGGCUCACCUCCGGUUUGCUCACCCUAUAUGUGUACGCUCGAUCUGGUGGUUACAUGCAAGCGCGCGCCGUCCGCAAAAAUCGCACGCUGAGAUCCCGUUGUCAGAUACCGGAUCACCAAUGGCCACCCGUUCCAGACGCCCGCUCCCCUGUGACUUCCCCAUCUGUGAAUAUCCUUCUCGCCUAA